AUGACUUUCGACGAGGUUUUAUUGCGCACACUACGUCAUCACAACAUUUCGAACGUGCCGAUUUUCAUAGGCGGAAACGACGAAAAGGGCGCUUUAUUUAACACUAUAGCUGCCAGCUUGGAUCGGCGUCUCUUGGCUGCGCGUUACAUCUUCACAGCUGAUGAUCAUUCGAAACCACCAGGUAAUAUAUUACGCAACCAUAUUAAAAAUGAUGCCUUGAGCGUUGUGUUAUGUGACGCGCCAACCGAUCGCAUUUGGCGCGUGGUUGAUCAGCGUUUGCGUAAACUACGGCAAACAAAAGUCAUCGUGGUGACCACCAGUGCACGGCUUGAACCAGUGGCGGUUUUUGCCAAACUCUGGCAGCUACAAUUUCUGCACGCCAUACUGCUGUACAACAACACCAUAUACCGUUACUCGCCCUUUCCACAGAUGCAAGUGUUUCGUGUAUACAAUCGAAACGAAAAUAUUUUUCCGCCUGCACCCACUGAUCUGCAGGGCUACACAAUCUCAACGCCUGCCGAGAAUGAUCUGCCACGCAUCUUUUUUGUGCAUAAUCAGCGAGAAAACACAACGAACAUACGCGGUUUUGCCUAUCACAUAUUUGUGAACUUCCUCCGUCGCAUGAAUAUUACGCUGCGUAUCAGCAAUCCUAAUGCGGUACAUGAUAUUACGAGCAGUGUUAAUAUGAGUAUCAUCAGGCAAAAACUCGAGAAGCAGGAGCUGGAGAUCUCAAUGCAUCCCUACACGAGCAUUGGUGAGCAACAAGGCAUCAUGAGCUAUCCGAUCUUCAAGUUUGAGUGUUGUCUUAUUGUGCCAGUGCAGAAUGAGAUUCCGCGUUGUCUGUACCCGUUACGUCCACUCAAAUUGGGCAGUUGGCUUGUUAUAUGCACCGCAGUGGCCUUUAUCGCAAUGGCUCUUAUGUGGACCAGUCCUUGUGUGCCCAGCGAG